AUGUGGGAGCGACUAGUUCGUUUUGUUGCACUGGAAGAUGGGCAAGAAUAUAUAGGAGAGCCCGUUGAUCCAGACGUAGAUGUCGGUGCUGCUUUAGCAUCAUCUCAAUCAUUGCAAGUCAGAGUGUUUCAUGGAAGCUCACCACUUGACCCCUCUCUUGAACCAGGCGAUCGGGUCUUGAGCAUAAAGCGCUUGCUACCGCCCAUCUCAAGCAAAGAAAUUGGAACGAUACGCUGCAUCGGACUCAACUACCGCAACCAUGCAGCAGAGAUGAAGUUGGCUCUACCGACUCAUAUGUCGGUCUUCUUCAAGCCUUCGACAUGCCUGAACAGUCCCAAUGCGCCUUUGAUCAUCCCUCACCAAGCAACAGACGAGCAAGCCGACUACGAAGCAGAACUGGCCGUCGUGAUUGCUAAAGAUUGUCGUAACAUAUCUGUCGAGCACGCCAUGAAGUAUGUUCUGGGCUACAUGUGUUCGAACGAUGUAACGGCACGAAAGUGGCAAUUCGCCGGUGGAAACACUCAAUGGGGGUAUGGCAAAGGCUUCGAUGGGUUUGCUCCCAUGGGGCCUUGCAUGGUCUCUACGAAGAGAAUUCCAGAUCCUAAAGUCAUCGAGCUGAAGACGACGCUCAACGGAGAGGUCAUGCAGCACGGCCAGACAGACGAUAUGAUCUUCUCGAUACCCGAGAUCGUGUCGUAUUUGAGCCAGGGAACCACAUUGAGUGCCGGGACUGUGAUCAUGACGGGAACACCGCAUGGUAUCGGAGUCAGUAAAGAUCCGCCAGUGCUCUUGCGCGAUGGUGAUGAUGUGAGGAUUGUUAUGAGCCACGGUCUAGGAAGUCUUGUCAACAAUGUAGUCUAUGAGCGGAAGCCUGUGCAGUAG